AUGGAGAAACAUGGAUAUGGCGACCUCAAGAUGAGCUACAUCCAGAUGCCCUCGGCAGUGUUCGACUUACCUCGCACAAUUCCGGACAGAAUACGAGAGCUGGCGAAGGCCAACCCAGACAAAAUGGCGUUUGUCUUCAGACAAGCCGGACAACCCAGGGAUACCUUGACAAGGAAACAAGUGGCAGACAAGUCCGACUGGUUGGCCCGACAUUUUGUCAGACAUGGCAUCAGAGCAGGUGACAAAGUAGCCAUACUUGUGGACACACCGACAAACUGGACCAUAACUUAUUUCGGUAUAAACAUGACCGGUGGCACUGUUAUCAACUCGCCAUCCUUCGAUGAGAAAGAAUUUACAAAGAUCGCCAAAGGGAUAGGAUGCGUGGCAACUGUAACAGAAUUGAAGCAAUCUAAAGGAGACCUUUGCAAGGCUCAUCAUCGUAGCGUCAUCCUGACAACAUUUCAGGACCAUAAAGAUAAGAUAACGACCUUUGACCUCUUCGGUUUGACAGAGGACAACCAGGUUCCAGAUGUUGACCUUCCCGAAGUACACGCCGACGACGAAGCGAUGAUGGUGUUGACCUCUGGUAGUAGUGGAAUGCCUAAGCUCGUUGUGCACACCCAUGCCUCAAUCCUAGCGGGAGCGUAUUCAGUGGGAGAUUUUUGUGAGUUCGAAGAGGACACAAUCAUUGCUAACGACAGACCGAUGUCUUGGAUGGGCGGCCAACCAAUUAUGUACCUUGGUAUCGGGUUGACUACAGUCUACAUCAAGGCGAAAGUCAACUCAGAGUCAGACGAUGAGUUCUUCGUGAACGUUUUAUCUUCUGAACGCCCAGAUGCUGCUUUACUGAUGGAAUAUAGACUAAACAGCUUACAGAGAAGACCUGAUCUGUUAAACAGGAUGCCGUUUCUCUCCACCUCGCUAGCCGCAGGACAAAGGGUGAGUGCGAAGUUUGUAGACAGUUUGCUACGAGUUUCUGAUUCCGUCGUCUCCGCCUACGGCUCUUCUGAAUGUUUGCAUUUCAUCAGUUUGAAGGUAGCAACAGCGCUGGGCUUUGAACUCGGUACAGCUGGGUACCCCUGCUCUGGCUGCGAAGUUAGAGUGGUGGAUGAAAAAGGUGAAGUCGUCUGUGUGGAAACACAGGGGGAACUUUGUUUGCGUGGACCAGCAUGUGCCAAAGCUUAUGUCUACCUUGACGGUUCCAGAGCGCCUAUUGUGGACGAAGACGGUUGGUACCAUACCGGAGAUGUAGCACUAAUGCACCAAGACGGACGAAUCGUCAUCAUAGGUAGGAAGACUGAAAUGCUUAAACGGGCUUCGGUGAAAAUUUUUCCCUCAUUCGUGGAGAGGAAGAUUCAGGAAAACUUUGAAGAGAUUGAGGAAGUUGUUGUUGUUGGUGUGGAUGACGACAUAUUGCACCAGGAGAUUUGCGCUUGUAUUACGCUCACACCAGACGCACGCAUAACCACAGAAGAUAUCAAGCGGCGUGCAGAAGACACCUUCAGACCGUCUCUUGCUCCAGAUGGUCUUGGUUACAUGCCAGGACAUUUCCUGCUCAUGGACUCUUUUCCAAAGACGACGUCCGGGAAAUGUGAUAGACUGUCACUGACCAAGAUGGCCGAAGAGAUCAUUAAGGGUAAAACUCAGAAGUCUUAA